UGUAAUGAGGUUAGGAGUGCAGUGGCCUUGGUGGAACCUAAAUUGGACAUUACUGAGCAGACAAUUGCUGAGCAGAAAUAUUGUUUCCACUGUUAAUUUGGCCUGCAAAUUGGACCUGAAGAGAAUAGCUUUAUGUGCAAGAAAUGCUGAAUAUAAUCCAAAGCGGUUUGCUGCAGUGAUAAUGCGAAUAAGAGAGCCUAGAACGACAGCGCUAAUCUUCAGUUCAGGCAAGAUGGUUUGCACUGGAGCCAAAAGUGAAGAACAGUCUCGAUUAGCAGCAAGGAAAUAUGCACGUGUUGUUCAGAAACUCGGAUUUCCAGCGAAGUUUCUUGAUUUUAAAAUCCAAAACAUGGUUGGAAGUUGUGAUGUGAAAUUUCCCAUCAGAUUAGAAGGGUUGGUUCUGACCCACCAGCAAUUCAGCAGCUAUGAACCAGAAUUGUUCCCAGGUCUCAUUUACAGGAUGGUCAAACCAAGAAUUGUUCUGCUAAUAUUUGUCUCUGGCAAGGUUGUUUUGACAGGUGCCAAAGUACGUUCAGAGAUCUAUGAAGCAUUUGAGAACAUCUAUCCAAUCUUGAAGGGCUUUAAGAAGGCUUCGUGACAUCCAUAUACAAAACUGACAUGAUGUGGAUAAGGAUGUAUAUUUUUUUAAAAAUCCCUUCCCUGGGACCACACCUAUUAUCACAAAUCACAAAAUCAUGAAGAUUUCGACGAGGGUAGGUCUUUUUGGACCAUUCUAAUUCAUCCAACCAGAAAUGCUUGAUGUUUGCUUCAUCCUAAACUGUGGAACGUGAUCAUGCUCCACCAUUCCAUUCCAUGUGUUAAUCAUUUUGUUGGAAGAACUUCUUGGCACUGGUCAUACUAUUAUUUUUUACUAAUUUGGA